CUUUCGCCGUGCGUACGUGCACGCACGUCGUCCGGCCAGGCCACCGGCUACUUUUCUUGGAGAACAGCUGCGUUUCUUUCAUUUCUUCCACCAAAUCAUUUCGCUCACGGAUCAUCCACACCCAAGCGCUCCCGCCAAGACCAUCAAUGGCGCCACCGCAGCAAGCCGGGACGGCGAUGCCAGCCGCGGUCGGAUGGUCGGCGUCGGCCUUCGUAGCCGCCGUGCUCGCCCGCCUGAUCCGCAAGGGACUCGAGCUGCUGGCCGAGCUCGACGAGGCUGCCGCGGGCCACCUGCGCCGCCUCGAGGGCCUCCUACCGUCCCUGUGGCGCGUGCUCGACGCCGCCGACGCGGGCGCUGUUGACGUCGGCGCGCGACCCGUUCAGGACCUCCUCGAUGCCGCCUACGCCGCGGACGAUGUCCUCGAUGACAUCGAGUGCGCGCUCCUCGGCGGGGCACAAGACGGCGAGCGUGGCAAGGGCGCCGAGGCGUGCGGCUCGGCCGCCCCCGUGGGCCGGAAGCCGCGCAGCCCGCUCCGGUUCCUGCUUUGCUUUAGCCCGCCAAGGAGUGCAGUUGCUAGCACUGGUAGUGCCCAUGGGAAAAGCUCAAAAGCGAAGAUCGGUAGCGUUAACUUGGACGGAUUGCGAGAUGCACUUGAGAUCAUGGCGCAAGCUGCGUACAGGUGCACGUCCAUUUCUGAGGACGUCGCGCCACAGAAGAACUAUGCCACGAUCGUUUCGGGGCAAACAGAGGAUGCAGCAGGGGAAGCAGAACAGGAUGUGUAUGCGUCUGACGACGUCUUUGGGAGAGAAGCUGAGGUGGAGCAAAUGCUGGAGAUGAUGAGGUUCAGCGACGACCCACACUACCGCCUUGGCAUCGGCGUCCUCCCCAUCACCGGCAAUGCAGGGGUCGGCAAGACGGCUCUGGUGCAGUUCAUCUUCCACCACGAGGUCGUCCGGGCCGAGUUCCCCGUGCGGAUGUGGGUGCACGUCUCUGACACGCUCCAGCCAAGAAGGCAGAUCAUGGAUCAGAUGGUCCAUGAAGUUGCCGGGCUUGAUCGUGAGAUCGACGAUGUUGGGGAGCUUCUGCUGAAGGAGUUGACCGGCAAGAGGUUCUUGCUUGUGCUUGACGACGUAACUGACGUCGUCGACACCCAGUGGGGAGAUCUAAUGGAGGUGCUGAAACCAGCUGCUAGAAGGAGCUUGAUCAUUGUGACAACUCAAUCUGAAACUGUUGCGACAGCAAUAGGCACGAUGCCGACAUUAACCCUUGGCCUUUUGGGAUUCGAUGAUUACUGGAAGAUGUUCAAGCAUUUCGCAUUUGGCGGUGCAGAGGAAACAAAUGAGUGCACUCUGUUGGGGGAUGACUGGGACGACGUCCAGGAGGAGGAAUUGUCACCAAUGGAGCAAAUUGCAUUAGAGUUAGCAAAGAAGAUGGCUGGCCAUCCGUUACCAGCACGGGUAAUUGGGCGGGCGCUGUACUUCCGGCAGGAAGAUGAAGACCACUGGAGAAACGUGCUGGAAGAUAAGCUGUGGGAGCACCGAGAUGUCGGUGGGAUCUCGCCGGCAUUGUUGCUGAGCUAUCGUCACCUCGACCCUCGCCUCAAGCAGUGCUUCGCAUAUUGUGCAGUGUUUCCCGGUGAUUAUGUCUUUAAAAAGGAAGAAUUAGUGCAGAUGUGGAUAGCUCAGGGACUGUUAUAUUCUGAUCAUGCUGCGGCAAGACUGGAGGACGUCGGCGGUGAGUUCUUCGAUGAACUGGUUAAACGAUGCUUCUUUCAGCCUAUCGGAAAAAACAGAUAUGUGAUGCACAAUUCGAUGCAAGAGCUAGCACGUGAGGUGGCAACGAGCCGAUUCUUCAUGAUUACUGACAGCUCAAGAGACGUGCCACAAGAAGUUCGUCACCUGACCAUCCGGACUAGUAACCUGUCAAAGCUGAAGAGAGAUUUGGCGUUGCUGAUUUCUCCUAACCCUGAUCAUCAUUUCCUGUACCGAAUUCGGACAAUUCUUUUCUUUGGAGAUUUCAGCAACUCAGAUGAAAUUCUCGAGGAUUUACCUGAGAUUUUCACCAGGAUGAAGAGUGUGAGAGUUCUUGGCCUAUCAUGUAUAAACAUAACAGAUUUGCCCGCAGAGAUCGGCCUCCUCAGACAUCUCCGAUAUCUCAAUCUGUCAAGGAACAGAGUUACUGACCUUCCAGGGACGCUAUGCCAGCUUUACCUCCUCCAAGUCCUGGAUGUCCAUCGCAAUUCUCCUUUGCUCCAUCCUCCCAAUGGCAUUGCAAGUUUGAUUCACCUGAGGCAUCUGUACGCAAGUGAGUCGUUUCUUUCAAGCAUACAAGACAUACAGAGUCUCUCAAAUUUGCAAGAGCUGCAUGCAUUCCGUGUUGGAGGUAGCUCGCCCAUCGGUGCCUUGCGACGAAUAACGCAACUCCAAGGCAAACUUCGCAUUGGUGAUCUCCGUCAGGUUGAAGUUAGUGAGGUCAGCAAGGGCAUCUUGAAGGGAAUGCAGCACCUUAAUGCACUACAGUUAUCAUGGAGUAGCUGUAAUGGCCAUGGCAAAGAGAUUUCCAAGGAUGAAGAGGUACUUGAAUGUUUGCAACCACAUGACAACCUAAGGGAUCUCAGAAUCAUGGGCUACGGAGGCAUCAAAUCCCCAUCAUGGUUGAUGAAGACCUCGAGUUUCCUGUCGAAUGCGACAAAGAUGUACUUAACUGACUGCAUGAACUGGAAGAACAUUCCUCCCCUACAUGUUCUGCCCAGCCUUGAGGUUCUCGAGAUCAGAAAUAUGCAUUCUGUCAGCAAGGUGAGUACUGUUCCCCAACGACCAGAUCAAGACUUGUUUCUGAAGCUCAAGAGGCUCGUCUUCGAAGGCGCGCCGCAUUGCACUGAAUGGUCAACAGGCAACUCAAAAUCAAGAAACAUGACGUUUCCAUGUCUUUGUGAGCUCGAGAUAAAGAACUGCCCAAAGCUGACAACCUUCCCUGAUCUUCCCCUUUCACUGACAGUCUUGAUUACUGAGAAUGUUGGUCUCGAAUCGCUACCAAGGAUUCAUGACAAGAAACCAUCAACAGAAGAAACCUUGGAGGCGACAUCGAAAGAAGGCAGGUGGACAUCUCGGCUCACCACAUUGCAAGUUCAUCAGUGCCACAAAUUGAGGUCUCUAGACUCUGGUCUGCUUCAGCAGCAGCACCUCCUGAAGUCCCUUGAGUUUCUGUCGAUCAAAAACUGCGACAGUGUCAUGUGCGAUAUCCCCGAUGGGUUUAAGGAUCUCACUGCGCUGAGGGACAUCUCCCUGUAUGACUGCCCGAAGAUGCUUGUCGACCAGUUCCACACGUCGGUGCGAACGGUGGAGAUCAACGAGUGCUUUGUUGCACAAGGUGCAUGGGUAGAGGACCACCCAUUCCUCUUCUCUGUGUGGAAACUGAAAAUAACAGGCUGCUCGCAUGCAAGCAACUAUCAGGAGAGUAGGAUCAAGCCUAUGGAUUGGUUGAGCUGCCUGUUCAAUGUGAACCACCUUCAUCUGGAGAACACAAUGCUCCUGAGGUUGGGCAUGUUUGACCAGCUUCCUUCUCUUGAGAUAUUAGAGAUCGACGGAUGUGACACGUUCUUUGCCGAUUUAUCUUAUUUUGCGUGGCUUGAGAAGCUGCAGAUCCUUAGCAUUACGAACUGCAGGGAAUUGUGCGGGCUUCCGGAGAACUUGUGCGCGCUGCCAGGGUUGGAAGAGCUCUGUGUACAGAACUGUCCGGCCAUGGACGCGUUGCCGACGAACGGCCUGCCGACGUCGCUGAAGAGACUGUCGAUCUCUAACUGUUGUCCUCGGCUGAUUGAACGGUGCCUUGAUGAUGAACUUGACAGGCCAAAGAUUGCAUUCAUUGGUGUAGUUUACAUUGAUGGGCAAUGCAUUCAACCAAAAUGAGUUAACAUGUAUGUCUUUCUUUAAUUGUACAUAGGCUGUCAAUUGCUUCAUAUCAAUUAUUUAUCAUACAAAGAGAAUGAAUCCUGUGUCU